AUGCGCAGUGGUGCCAAUACGGCCAAGAUAGCCAAGGUGGUGGAACGUGGGGUAUGGCAGAAGGGCGUGGCUGGUGUCGAGGAUGGAACGAGCGACGGAUUCAGGGAGAGCAGAGCAAGCGCAGAGGGUCGAGGGUGGAUGGAGAGUGCCGCGUGGGGAUGCGAGACCAGGCGGUGCAGCGAGCGUGUUGAGGGUAGCAAGAAAGAAACGGGAGAUGGCGCAAGAUCAGCAGCAGAGGGCAGUGGUUGCGAAGACAGAACUCCUGAGCAAGAGAGCAGCGACAAGGCAGAGGCGCAGCGGCGGCGGCCGGAGAUAUGGGCUAGUACACGCGUCUUGGCGAUCAGGGCAGCACCCCAGCCCACUGGCCUCUGCUCCUCUGGCCCUCUGGCGCAUGUUUCUGCCUUUUGGCGCCCCGUCGCCUCUGCUCCACCAGGCCCGGUUGAUAGGCGGGCGACCGGCACACCGUCCGCUGUCGUGCUGCAAGGAGCGUCUCGAAGCCAUGCUCAGACACACGCGAUGCAGACACCCGAGCAUUGUGCUCAUGCUGAUGAACGCCUAACGGGAUUAAGAAGCUUCGCAAGCUUUCUCGGCGCGACCUGCGUUUAG